AUGUCGCGCUCGACUGAGGAGCAGAGGAAGCAAUAUGAGGUUCGGGGUCCGGACAAGGCUUAUGAGAUUCCCAAGAGUCUCUACGAGAAAGCUGAGAAACAUAAUGACCAAUUGACCGACGACGAGCGGGCUCUUCUUCUCAGCCGUGGCGAUGUUGUGGGCAAGGCGCUAGCGAACCCUAAGUCGCUGACCGAGGCUGAGCUAUACCAAGUAAUCCGAUGGUCGCCACCUGAGCUUAUCCAACCAGCUAUCAGGAAGGCUACCGGCGGUGUGCUGAGCAAGCCUUUGGAGCUUAUUGCCAAGGUUCGAGAGGCAAAGGAGAGCGGACAGCUCCAUACUCUGAGCUUCGAGGAGCUUAAACUCGUUUACCGGCAAUGCCUGGUUGGGGGGGUUGACUUUUUACAGCAGUCCAUGUCCUGGUUCGAAGUACCUGGGAAUACCGAGGCGAAGCACUUGAUGAGUACCCAGCGACAGCGAGACCACGGAACCGUGACCGAAGAUGAGUUCAGGCAUACUCACCGAGCUCACCUUGCCGCCAUGAGGAGCUACAGCCAGAACAGGAAUCACAGGGCACACCCUUAUUCCAGCAUCAACCGGCCUCCAAUGCAACCCCUCGAACCUCGCGGUCCAUCGGCCAUUCCAACUAGGCCCUUCCCACCAGCCCCGCAACAGCUCCCCAUGCAUCCGCCCCAACCCUUGCCGAGCCCCUUCUUCACCUCGCCGCCGAUCCCUGGUGGUCCAGCGCCCGUCAUCCCCUGGAUAUUCAACCCCGGCCACGUACCUCAGAGUGCAUAUGAUCGCAAUCGGAUUUUUCCCGACGGGAGCCUUGCUUGGCCUCCAGCGUACCACCCAAAAGUUCCCAUGAAAUUCUUUGCUGAAGAACUGAGGGCCAAAAUCAAGGCGGAAAACCUUGUCAUUGAUGACUUCUGGCAUGAAGCGGGUACCCGCUUCAACGCGCUGACGGUCGAGGAGCGAGCCCCCUACGAGGAAAAAAUCGAGGCUCUCAGGCAGAAGGCUUGGCAUCGGCGCUGGGCGCUGAGCCAGUCGUUGGUGGUUGAUUAUGACGAUAUGACGGUCGAGAUAUGUGCCGAUUAUUGCCUAGACCAGCAGGGACAGACCAUGUUUGGUUUAGAGUACGGCGGCGAGUGCUACUGCAGCGACGAGCUGCAGAGCGGCUCCGUGCUCGUCGACGACGAGGACUGUAAUAUGGCCUGCCCCGGAAACGCGGCCGAGAUGUGCGGUGCGGGCAAUCGGCUGAGUGUUUAUCAGAAAACGUAGAGUUCGGGGCCGGUUGGCCUAAUUAGGUACCUAGUGACCAGCUGAGCUGAGCUUAGUGUGAAGAUGCAAUCCUACAAGCAAGACGUUCAAUCUAGCCAUAACCUAUGUGCUCUCAUCUGGGCUGUCUCCAUCACACUUAUACGCGAGACGACAAGGGAAGAAAGGAAAAAUGAC